AGACAAAACGCGGCCCCACUUUUGCGGUGUGGUGUAAGCGUUAGUGCAAGGCUGAAGGGAUACCCAUAGCCAAGCUCGGUGUUGCCUGAACCAUCGACGUGAUUCACAAAACAUCGCCGCACCUCCUCACCACUGCCUUCACCACCGGCUCACUUCCCUUCCUCUGUCUCUGCACAGUGAAAGUGUGGUUGCGCGCUAGGACUGCUGUAGAGUAGGUGCCUUUUGCCUCCAUAAUCGGCCGCUCGCACCGCGACCUUUGCCUCCUCCGCACCUCGCACCUCGCACCUACUGCACGACCGCUUCAACCACACAACCGCGACCCUGCCCGCUGCAAACAACACAGACUCCGCCCGCACCAUAGAAAACAUCAAGUAACCAAUAUCACACCCCUCGCGCACAGAGACGCUCUCACAUUGUGCCCCGCGCACGCGACGCCCGCCAUGGCUUCCACAAUGCCGCCCGUUCCUGCAAAGGACGACGUCAACGCAACUUGGAAGUACCUCGAAGCCGGUGUCGACAAGAUCAUGACCAAUCUGCGAGGCGGUAUGGACAUGAAGACGUACAUGGGCCUUUACACCGCCAUUCACAACUUUUGUACCGCACAGAAGGCCGUCGCUGGCUCAUCGUUCGCAGCGAACAACAAUCGCGGAGGUGCGCACCUGCUUGGAGAGGACCUGUAUCAGCAUUUGAUCGAAUACCUCAAAGCGCACUUGGCUGGUGUACAGGCACAGUCAAAGGAGCACGUCGACGAAGCACUUCUCACCUUCUACAUCAAGGAGUGGAAUCGAUACACUACCGCUGGCCAGUACAAUAACCACCUGUUCAGAUACUUGAACCGACAUUGGGUCAAGCGGGAAAUGGAUGAGGGCAAGAAGCACAUUUUUGACAUUUACACACUGCACUUGGUCCGGUGGAAGGAAGACAUGUUCACUGGUACACAAGAGAGCGUCAUGCGCUCUGUCUUGAAGCUCGUCGAGAAGCAGCGAAACGGCGAGACUAUUGAGCAAUCCCACAUUAAGUCUGUCGUCGACUCUUUCGUGUCUCUAGGUCUGGACGAGGCCGACAGCUCCAAGUCGACUCUGGAUGUAUACAAGAAGUUUUUCGAGGAGCCCUUUUUGAAAGCCACAGCGACUUACUACGACAAUGAGUCAAAACAAUUCUUGGCUGAGAACAGCGUCGUAGAGUACAUGAAGAAGGCAGAGGCUCGUCUCGACGAAGAGAAGGAACGCGUCCCGCUUUACCUGCUCAACGAGAUCAUGAACCCGUUGAUGAGAACGUGUGAGGAAUCCCUGAUCACCAACCACUCACAAGCGCUUCGUGAGGAGUUCCAGAUCCUCCUUGACCAUGAUAAGCAAGAAGAUCUCGGAAGGAUGUACAAGCUGCUUGCACGCAUUCCCGAAGGCCUCGACCCACUACGCAACCGCUUUGAGACCCACGUCCGCAAGGCCGGUCUGCAAGCCGUCGAGAAGCUUGCAACGGAGAGUGAGAGUCCGGAGCCCAAGAUCUAUGUUGAAGCUCUCCUUGAGGUCCACACUCAGUACCAAGACCUUGUUAACAAGGCCUUCAACGGCGAGUCUGAGUUUGUACGAUCUCUGGACAACGCGUGCAGGGAAUUUGUCAAUCGCAACAAGAUCUGCAAGUCUGGUUCCAACAAGUCACCUGAACUUCUAGCCAAGUACACCGAUACUCUACUGAAGCGUUCUGGCGCAAAGAUGAGCGAAGAAGACGACAUGGAGAAAUUGCUCACACAGAUCAUGACUGUCUUCAAGUACAUCGAGGACAAGGAUGUCUUUCAGAAGUUCUACUCACGCAUGUUGGCGAAGCGUCUGGUCCAGACCACAUCUGCGUCCGAUGAUGCCGAGACCAGUAUGAUUUCCAAGCUGAAGGAAGCCUGCGGUUUCGAGUACACCAACAAACUUCAGCGCAUGUUCCAGGAUAUGCAGAUUUCCAAGGAUCUGAAUGCAGCCUUCAAGGACUGGCAAUCCAACAACUUGGAUGAGGCUGACGUCAAGGCUAGCAUCGAUGCCAGCUACCACAUCCUCGGAACUGGUUUCUGGCCGCUUCAGCCACCGACCACACCCUUCACUGCCCCGCAGCAGAUCGUGCAGACAUACGAACGAUUCGCACGCUUCUAUAAUCACAAGCACCAGGGUCGCAAGCUUACCUGGCUCUGGCAGUUGUGCAAGGGUGAAGUAAAAGCGAACUACUGCAAGGUUGCCGGCUCCAAGGCCUCCCCAACCUUCCAGGUCUCCACUUAUCAAAUGGCAAUCAUGCUUCUGUUCAAUGACAGCGACACCGUUAGUUACGAUGAUAUCGCUGAGGCAACCAAGCUCAACAAGGAGACCCUCGAUCCUAGUCUUGGUGUCUUCAUCAAGGCCAAGGUCCUGCUCGCUCAACCUGAGGGUGCUAAGCCCGAGUCAGGCACAACAUACAAGCUCAACACGGGCUUCAAGACAAAGAAGGUCAAGAUGAACCUGAACAUUGGCAUCAAGUCUGAGCAGAAGGCCGAGGCCGAAGAUACGCACAAGACUAUCGAGGAGGAUCGCAAGCUGCUCAUGCAGUCGGCUAUCGUGCGUAUCAUGAAAUCCCGUAAGAAGAUGAAGCACCAGCAGUUGGUCUCAGAGACGAUCCAGCAGAUCAAGAACCGCUUCAUGCCCCGCAUUCCAGACAUCAAGAAGUGUAUAGACAUUCUACUUGAGAAGGAGUACCUGGAGCGUCUGGAAGACGACGAACUCGGUUACCUCGCAUGAGCAGGCUUUGUCGGUUGUCAUUUCGUUUACUGGUUCGCCAGCAUCGAAUGUGUUACGCGUUUUGAUCAUGAUUCAUGGAAUCCCUCUUCUUUCACGAACGGUAGUGCAUGAUGGGCGCCCUUUGGCUGCAUAUAUGGCGUUAAGGAGCAGUGGCGGCUACGUAUGAAUAUGACUGACGGGACAGGUGUUUGAGCGCAAUUGAAGCGUACCCUCCCUCAGCCUACCGAUAGAUGAUGGGGAGUGGCCCUAAAAGGUGUCGAGGUGUCGGCAGUUACUUAGUUCACAGAAGAACAACAAAACAUUCUUUCAAA